AACUCAGUACAAGGAAGUGCCUCAGUCUGUUGGUUGCUGUUGUCUAGUGUCCGCCUCCCUCUCUUCAUUUCCUGAAUCCGGCCCCUCUGUUUCACAGCGACAUGGGACAGCGACUCACACCCGGGGACCGAAAAGACGCAGAGAAAAGACAAUGAAGCGCAGAGCUCAGCUUCGGCCCUCCACAGUCUGAUGACAUCCCCCAAUGGACUGAGGGCGUGGGCGUGGUCAGAAUGAGUUCUGAGGCGCUAUUGGAGGAGACGCUGAUCAAGCGGUCUCAACAGAAGAAGAGGACGUCGCCGCUGAACUACAAGGAGAGACUCUUCGUCCUCACCAAGAAUCAGCUGACGUACUACGACGGAAGGCCCGAGAAGAAGUUCAGGAGGGGCUCGAUCGAACUGAGCCGCAUCAGAUGUGUGGAGAUUGUCAAGAACGGAGGAGGGAUCAUCCCCUGCCAGAACAAAUACCCAUUUCAGGUGGUGUACGACACCAACACCCUGUAUGUGUUCGCGCCGAGCCACGACAGCCGUAGCCUCUGGGUCCAGAGCCUCAAGGACGAAAUCAAAGACAACCCAGUGGUCAUGAUGAAGUUUCACCCUCAGUUCUGGCAGGACGGGGCGUGGCUCUGCUGUCGCCAGGUGGAAAAACAGGCCCUGGGCUGUGAGGAGUACAACCUGUUCGGAGACAUUUCCAGAAAACCUUUACCCCCGAUUCCUGGAGAGGAACGUAAAGACGGGAGGCGUCGGCGUCCUCCUCCCUCACCUCCCAACCCCGAUGAUGAUGACUUCGACGAAGAAGAAGAUGACGAUGCCGAGGUCGAGGAGGAGGUGGUGGUGGCUCUGUACAACUUUCCGGCCACCGAGCCUCACGACCUGAGCCUGGUCAAAGGGUGCGAGUAUGUCAUGGAGAAGAAUGACGUCAACUGGUACAAGGCGCGCAACACGUAUGGCGAGGAGGGCUACAUCCCAAGUAACUAUAUAACCGAGAAGAAAUCUGGAAACCUGGCGCAGUUUGUUUGGUACAGUAAACACGUCAAUAGGAACAAAGCGGAGGAGCUGCUGAGGAAGGAGGACAAAGAAGGAGCCUUCAUUGUCAGAGACUCCAGCACCCCAGGAGCCUACACCGUCUCUCUUUACUCCAAGUCUUCUGGAGGAGAGGGACUUCCAGCUAUUAAACAUUACCACAUCAAGGAGACACAGGGCUCACCCAAACAGUAUUACCUGGCUGAGAAACACCUGUUCAGUUCCAUCCCCGAUCUGAUCGAGUACCACAAACACAACGCAGCAGGUCUUGUAGCCCGGUUGAGGUAUCCUGUAGGAAAACAAGACAAAUCAGCUCCGUCCACCGCUGGCUUCAGCUACGAGACGUGGGAGAUAAACCCCAACGAUCUGACAUUCAUGAAAGAGCUCGGCAGCGGUCAGUUCGGUCUGGUGAGGCUUGGCAAGUGGAGGGCUCAGCACAAAGUGGCCAUCAAAGCCAUCAGGGAGGGGGCCAUGUCCGAGGAGGACUUCAUCGAGGAGGCCAAGGUCAUGAUGAGGUUGUCGCAUACUAACCUGGUGCAGCUGUAUGGAGUGUGCAGCAAGCAGAGGCCCAUCUACAUUGUGACAGAAUUCAUGGCCAAUGGCUGCCUGCUGAACUACCUCAGGCAGCAGCGGGGCACUUUCGACCCAGAGUCGUUGCUGAGUAUCUGCCAGGAUGUCAGCGAGGGCAUGGAGCACCUGGAGGCCAAUGGCUUCAUCCACAGAGACCUGGCUGCCAGAAACUGUCUGGUGAACGACAACCUGGUGGUGAAGGUGUCGGACUUUGGCAUGGCCAGAUACGUGUUAGAUGACCAGUACACGAGCUCAUCGGGUGCCAAGUUUCCUGUGAAGUGGUCACCUCCUGAAGUGUUUAACUUCUGCAAGUACAGCAGCAAGUCUGAUGUCUGGUCCUUCGGUGUGUUGAUGUGGGAGGUCUUCACAGAAGGUCGUAUGCCAUUUGAAUUGGUAAGCAAUCACGAGGUGGUUACUUUGGUAACCCAGGGUCACCGCCUGUACAGGCCCAAAUUGGCCACUCCUGCCAUCUACGACAUCAUGGGUAAAUGCUGGCACGAGAGACCAGAGGACCGUCUAUCGUUCGCUCAGCUUUGCGCUGCGAUCUCCAACGCUCUAGAGGGUGAGGCCUCAUCCCCGAAUUGACCUAUAAGCUCCUUGAAGCAUUAGCCAUAUCUGUGGCGGCCAUGUCUGCGGUGACCUGCCAGUCGCCAGGGUGCUUCCUUAGUUGGAUUUACGGCACAGGAGACACAGCAGCAGCCACAUGGAGAACACCAUGCGAUGCAGCUCAUAGCGUCUUGGAUGGACCAAUCGAUUGGAGAGGAAGGACCAAUCACAGUUGUCCUCUGCUCAUCCACCAAUGAUUCUCCGGUCAUUUCAGACUCGAAACAGUUCACACUGAGAGUGGUGACCACAAGGCGGAUGUGUUCCAGGAUGACGAGAACACACAUGAAUCAAGAAAACACAUAAAUAACUCUCACAAUGGAUGUUGAAAAAUCAGCUAAGAAAAACUUUGCAAUGACAUUUAAUGUCAACUUAAUGCACUUGGUUAAAAGAACUGUCAAUGACACAUAAAUUGUUUGAAGCCGCAGGACACAACAUGAACUUUCCUGAAGCAUAGAUAGAUAGAUAGAUAGAUAGAUAGAUAGAUAGAUAGAUAGAUAGAUAGAUAGAUAGAUAGAUAGAUCAUCAUCCCUGAAGGGAAAUUGACGUACAGUAUAAUGAAUCCUGACAAGUCGUGACAUCUGUGUCUUUUGUUGUUUAACUUUACUGACAAAUUCAGCUACAGCACAAAUCUGUUCAAGUGUUAUUUAUACCACAUGCUUCACAUUAAUAUUAAAGAACUGUAUGGAGAAAAUUAUGUAUAAUCUGUGUGGCUCGACCCUUUGACCCUUUUACAUCAGGGGAAAGACUUCAUGUUCAGUUUGCUUAAUGCAAGGGCGUCCAAAACUUUUACACUGAGGGCCACAUACCUGAAGAUAUAGGAAGGACUGUAGCACCCACCCAGACCAGACCAGACCAGACCAGACCAGACCAGGUACCUCCACACUCCUUGAUCGCAGCAGCCAACUGUCAUAGCUUCAGACUAGCUGCCAUUUGCUUGACUUCCUGCUCUCGUUCGGCAUCAGUGUAGGUCUGAUGUUUGGCUCACUUGUUAUCUUGCUUUUCUUUGGUUUCUUGUCUUUCUUGUUUUGACGUUUCUGCAGCAGUCAAGACACUAGCACCUCCUUCUGUUAAAACCAAAUAACACAAUACAGUCAAAUGCAAAUUCCA